AGCACAAUUCAGCUGGAAGCAUGUGUGUCCUGAGCGCACUACUGAUCUUGUGGGACCUAGCACUCCUCUGCCUUGCACACAGCAAUGUUCAGCUACAGGAGGACGUGGCACCUUCCCAGGUAGAAUUCCAUUCAGUAAACUUCAGAAAUGUCCUGCACUGGAAACACCAUCCUGAGGCACCAGAGGACCUGCAGUAUUUUGUGCAGUAUAAAGUGUAUGGAGAUAAGCAGUGGAUUGUGUCAGAGGCCUGCCAGGCUAUCCAGAAACUUCAGUGUGACCUGAGCCUGGAGACAUCUGACCCACGCCAGUGGUACUAUGCAAGGGUUCAGGCUCAAUGCCCCAAAGGUUUCUCAACAUGGGUCGUCAGUUCCAGGUUUUAUCCUCUGUGGGACACCACUUUCAGCCCACCAAAAAUCAAACUGAAUGUCACACAGCAAGGCAUUGUUGUCUCACUCAGACCUCCACGAAGCCCACUACAGAGAGACACUAACAGCAGGAUCUCAGUUACAAAACUACUGCAGCUGAUUUUUAGGAUUUACCUCAUGCAUGACGGCAUGGAACAGAUCCAUGAAACCAAAGGUUACCCGAGGAAGAUCCUGUUUGAGCACUUAAGCCCUCAAACAACAUACUGUGUUCAGGCUGUGACCGUCAUUCCCCUCUCAGGUCUUACAAGCUCAAGGAGUCCUGAGUCGUGCAUCAGCACCCUGUAAUCCUUCACACAGGUACACGGCCAGCUACACUGGCCCUCUACAGCAGCAGAGACAUUUGAGUCGACCAUAGAUGUCCAUCACGCAGCCCUGCAUUCAUGUUUGUCCACACAGUCCACAGGGAGCAAUAGAAUGUUAAGGAAGGGAUGAACCUGCACACUACAUGUGAGGAAACAUCUCGUCACCUGAUGGGUAGGGAUUGCUUAUCUGGUAUACAACUCUGCUGGGAGCUGCUCAUUUCAAGCCUGAACCAUAGAUGCCAUUUUUCAUUCUGGCUAAAUUUAGUUAGGAAUUUUUGAUAUACGACAUGCUUUUGUUGGCAUUUUAGAGCUGAAGUUUAAUCUACCUAUAGGCAUUGUUUUAAUCAACAAUACACUCACCAGAUAUAUCUAGAGAGCUUUAAUAUAUGUGAAAUGAUUAAUAUAUGAAAAAUAAAUGUAUUGCAAUCCAAUACAGUGUAAUCAUCUGCUUAUUUAGAGCUUUGCUUUGCUGUUUUACCUCUUCAGGGUUACUGCUUUGAUUCGGAGCUUGUACACUGUUCUCUUCACAUGAUGUCCUCCAGGUUUUUUCAGCAUCCUCGAUAAAAAAUAUGCUGGUACAUGGAUUUAUGACUAUUUAUGACUUCAUGGAUAUAUUUUUUCAACCGCCAAAUGCGGUGAAGUUUUAUUCUCUACUUCGUCACAUUUAGCUAGUGGUUUAACCCGUAUGUUUUUUCGAUUGCUGUCUCGUUCUUUAUGCAAUCUUUGUAUAAGGCAAUGUGUUCAUUUAAAAUAGUGAUUCAACUGACAGGAUCUACCAGCUAAUCAGAAUCGAGUAUUCAGACUAUUCAGUGCUGCAACUAACGAUUAUUUUGAUAAGCUUUUGAGUAUGAAAGGUUACAAAAGCACAUUGCAUUCACAGAGAAAAUAAAUAAAUCAAUCACACAAAG